GGGCUGAGAAGACUGGUCACCUUGGACAUGCAGGCUCCACUGAUGAUGGAGCUUCUUAAAUUAGUGUAUGAACUCCAAAUUCAUCAUCAGAAAACGAUAGCUGCUGAGCUAAACCUUGCUUUGGCAACCAGCUGAAGCGUUCUUGGUGGAAAAAAUCAAAUCCUAACGAGGAAAAAGGAAGCUUCCCAAGGGAUACAUAUGAUUGCUGUGGAAGGAAGGUUUCUUCAUUUAUUUAUCACCUGUUUAAUUCGUCAAUAACUUCAACGUCAUUUUUUUAAUUUCUACCUUCCGUCCGUCCCAGUUGUAGAUUCUCUUCCACAUCAAACAACUCAACUGCCCAAACCCACCAACUCUUAUCUUAUAAAUAAACUAACCCCUCCUUUUCCAUCUCUCUCAAUCCCAUCGUCUCCACUACCUGCUCCACCUGAAACCUCUUGUUUACAUCACAAGAAACAAUUUUGUUAAGGUAGAUUAAUUACAGACCAGACAUGUUCAUGGGCAACAUGUUGAGGAUGGUGUUGGCUUUCUGUGUUUUCAGCAGCGUGGUUGUGACAUCCUCGGCUCAGACGUGUAGAAACCAAACAUUCUCUAACAGGUUGUUCACCACAUGUCGUGAUCUUCCACAGUUGACAGCUUACCUGCACUGGACAUACGACCAGGGGAGUGGGAAGUUGGAUAUAGCAUUCGUGCACGCGGGAAUCACCUCAACAAACAGGUGGGUGGCGUGGGCCAUCAAUCCCAGGAACACUCUGGACCCGGCCAUGAUUGGAGCUCAGGCACUGGUGGCCAUUCCUCAGUCGUCGAAUGGAGGGCCAAGGGUAUAUACCUCAUCCAUAACGAGCACCAGCACGCAGUUGGAAGAGAGUGAAAUCAGUUAUCCGGUGUCGGGGUUGAGUGUCACCUACGAGAACAACGAGGUAACAAUUUUCGCCACUCUCACACUUUCCAACGACACCACCUCCUUGGUCCACGUCUGGCAAGAUGGAACUCUCUCUGGCACCACCCCUCAAGAGCAUAGCCACGAGACUUCCCACCAAAACUCCAAGGAAACGUUGAAUCUUCUUUCCGGUUCCUCCACUCAGGUGACGGGGAAUUCACGCCAGAGAAGAAGAAACACCCAUGGAGUGCUAAAUGCGGUUAGCUGGGGCAUACUGAUGCCAACGGGUGCCAUAAUCGCAAGGUACUUGAAGGUGUUCAAAUCUGCUGACCCUGCUUGGUUUUAUCUUCACAUCACUUGCCAAGCCUCUGCCUACAUAGUUGGUAUUUCCGGAUUCGGAACCGGUCUCAAACUCGGCAGUGACUCCGAGGGUGUCGAAUACGACACUCACAGAGCGAUUGCUAUUGUCCUCGUUUGCUUAGGAACCCUUCAGGUGUUUGCGUUGUUCUUGAGGCCCAACAAGGACCAUAAAUUCAGAGUGUACUGGAAUGCCUACCACUACUUGGUGGGAUACGCCACCAUAUCCCUCAGCAUCGCCAACGUUUUCAAAGGGUUCGACACCUUGGAGAAUUACGUAGGGGAUCGCUACAAUGACUGGAAGCAUGCGUACAUUGGCAUUAUUGGAGCAUUGGGUGGCAUUGCUGUGUUUUUGGAAGUUAUCACAUGGAUCAUAGUGUUGAAGAGGAGAAAGUCAGAGAACAAGUUGCCACACGGAGAAAAUGGUGUUAACGGGUAUGGUUCUAGGCCAUAGCAGGCGUAGGAUAUAGAUAUGACGUGUAUGUAGCCAGAUAGAUGUUGGUUUCUUUUGUUAUUUCUUCUAUUGGUGUGUUAUUAUGUGGUUGGACUCCUCUGUAUAAUGUUGAGGGUAUCUGGGGAGUGCUCCAGCUGCUUAGACUAUCAGUUUUGAGGUAAUUCUUUCAUAGGAAAGUAACUUACUUUCAGGUUCUUGUUUUAUUUAUAUUGUUACUGCAGGGUAUACGUUGUAUUGGUUUCUGUUACUUCAUAUCUGUAUUUAUGAUUAAUGAUUAAUUACUUCUUAA